AUGGUGAGCUCGAGUAGAGUAAUGGUUUGUGCCAUGGUGUUCGCUCUGGCGUGCUUGGCGUUGCCGGCCUUGCCACCUGCAUCCGCGAAUGACGGAGGGAUACUGUAUGUCCCGUCCGCUGCCACCAUAGCUAGUCGCUGCCCCUCCAGCUGCGGGGACAUCAACAUCUCCUACCCCUUCGGCAUAGGGUCCGGCUGCUUCCGACAAGGCUUCCAGUUCGAGCUUACUUGCAACCACAACACUCAACCUCCAAAGUUGUUUCUGGGUAACAGCACAACUCAGAUUACUGGCAUUGACAUUAGUUAUGGUUCCUCGGUAUACAUCCCAGCUAUGUUCUUCAACAGUAGCUUGGAAGAAUCUGGUACGAACACCUACAAUAUAUCUUGGGAUGCCCCCGCCAAGGGUAUUACUAUCCCCGAUUAUAUCACUUUCUUCUUCCUUGGCUGCGAUUUUGAUGUUGACUUGUUUGACUCUGUGAGAAACCCUAUCGGCUCCCUGCAUGAGCAGGUGCCACGGCAAGGCUUUCAAGGAACAAUUGUUCGGGCUGGUAAUAUGGCAGGACAGUCAGAUCCUCUGCACCCUGGCAUCAUGGCUUUCAUGUCGAUUGGAGAUUAUUACAUGGAAAAUGCGACUGGUCUUUUCUCAAGUUGGACAAAUGCAAGCAAGAUUGAUGACGCUGCACUUGAGGUUGCCAUCAUGGACCAACCAAGCUGCAAAAUCGCGCAGAUGAACAAGGCAAGCUAUGCUUGUGGUGGCACCGACAGCAUUUGUAGAAAUGCAUCACAUGGAGGUUACAGCUGCCACUGCUACAAUGGUUAUUCCACAGCCAAUGCUUACCUUUCCGAAGGAUGCAUGCAAGAUUACAACCCCAAGCCUAAAGAACACUGCCAGAGGUCAUGUGGGAACAUGUCCAUUCCCUUACCUUUCGGGCUUGAAGAAGAUUGUUUCGGAAACGAAAGGUUCCUACUUAACUGUACAGACACAAAUGAGACGCUUUUUCGCACAGCACAUACACAGUAUCACGUGACUGGUCUGUCAAUAGAAGACGGGACUCUGACGGUUAGCAAUAUGCUAAACAAUGCUAGCUCCGGGAAAGAAGUAAUAAUAGCUCAGGUCACCGAAAGUGGAGCCGUGUACAUGGACGGCCCUGUGGAAGACGAAUUUGAUUUUUCUAUGGAAUAUGACAUUGUUAUACGAUGCGCAGUUAUUGAACAAGCUAUGCAUGGGAAUAGAAGUAAGUAUGCAUGCCGCAGUGGAAACAGUGAUUGCAAAAACGUGAUCCAUGGGAAAACAUUUAUGGGAUAUCGUUGCAAGUGUUCUACUGGCUACACAGGAAAUCCAUACAUACAAGACAGCUGCACAGAUAUUGAUGAAUGCUCACUGCCAAACUACUGCAACGGUACAUGUCAAAACAUUCCUGGAAGCUAUAUGUGCACACCGUGCUCUCAUACCCAAGAAUUUGAUUUCAUCAAGCGGCGUUGUGUUACAUCAGCUAAGCAACGAAAUCUUCUUUUAGGUAUUGCAAUUGGAACUGUUUGUGGCCUUGGCUCCAUAUUUAUUGGAUUGGGUGUAAUUCUACUUGCCAAUAAGUGGAAGAAAGGCAUCCAAAAGAGACUUCGGCGAGCAUACUUCAAGAAAAAUCAAGGUUUGCUAUUGGAGCAACUGAUCUCAAAUGAAAGCACUGCUAGCAAAACAAAGAUAUUCUCAUUGGAGGAACUAGAGGAGGCGACUAACAACUUUGAUGCUACUCGUGUUCUUGGUCGUGGAGGACAUGGAACAGUUUAUAAAGGGAUUCUAUCAGACCAACGUGUGGUGGCCAUAAAAAAAUCCAAAAUAGUGGAGCAAACAGAGAUAGACCAAUUUAUCAAUGAAGUUGUCAUUUUGUCCCAAAUCAUCCAUCGUAAUGUGGUGAAACUGUUUGGUUGCUACCUAGAAGAUGAAGUUCCCUUGCUUGUCUAUGAGUUCAUUUCAAAUGGCACUCUGUAUGAACUUCUUCACACGGAUACUACAAUAAAAUGCUUGCUUUCAUGGGAUGAUCGCCUGAGGAUUGCAGUGGAAGCAUCUGGGGCUCUGGCUUAUCUACACUCAGUAGCUACAAUACUAAUUUUUCACAUAGAUGUCAAGUCUUCAAAUAUACUCUUGGAUGACAACUUCACCACAAAGGUUUCAGAUUUUAGUGCUUCAAGAUCUCUUUCACUUGAUGAGACCCAUGUGGUGACAAUUGUUCAAGGAACAUUCGGUUACUUGGAUCUAGAGUAUUAUCAUACCGGUCAACUAACGGAGAAGAGUGAUGUAUACAGUUUUGGAGUAAUACUUGUGGAACUCUUGACAAGAAAGAAGCCAAUUUUUAUUAAUGAUUUAGGUGCAAAGCAAAGUUUGUCCCAUUUAUUCAUUGAAGGACUUCACCAAGGGUUUCUUAUUGAAAUAAUGGAUACUCAAGUUGUGGAAGAAGCAGAACAGGAAGAGAUUAGUGAAAUUGCCUUACUUGCAGAAGCAUGCUUAAGGGUAAAAGGAGGAGAGCGACCGUCUAUGAAAGAAGUGGAGAUGAGGUUGCAAUCCUUAAGAACAAUGAGGCCGAGAAAAAGACAUCAUUUACCCGAAAAAGAUGGAGAUAUUGAGCCCUUGCUAUGUGGAAAAUCUAAGAACUCACUUAAACAUAUCGAUCUUAUUAAUGCUGCACAUAUACCACUUCAAGAGACCUCGAGAUGCUACAGUUUGGAACAAGAAUUUGUAUAUUCGUUUAGGCGACGCUAA